GAAUUUUUCUAUGAUGAGGACACCGGAGAAUAUUUUUUCGAUCGUGACCCGGACAUUUUCCGACAUAUCCUAACUUUCUAUCGAACUGGAAAGCUACAUUAUCCCCGACAUGAAUGCCUUGUCGCGUACGACGAGGAGUUGUCAUUUUUUGGCAUCAUGCCAGAUUUGAUAAGUGAUUGUUGCUAUGAGGACUAUAAGGAUAAGAAACGGGAAAAUCAAGAACGCCUUCUCGAGGAGCGGAUCGAGAGCAUCGAUGCGACCAAGCUCAAGCAGACCUUUCAGCAGAAGAUGUGGGCGGCGUUCGAAAACCCACACACCUCGUCGGUCGCACUUGUUUUUUAUUAUGUCACGGGUUUUUUCAUUGCUGUUUCUGUAUUAUGUAAUAUAAUAGAGACCAUUCCAUGCUGGUUAGUUGGAUUCGAUCAAUUUGUCAAUAGUAUGUAA